AUGGAUUUAGAAGAAAUGUAUACAGUAUUACGCGGUGCAAGUGGGGGUAAAGGAGCUGAUUUUGAUGUAGUGAUGAAGUGGUUCGAAGCCUGCAGCAUCAUAGAUAGAAGAUUUAUAACACAGGAACUCUUCAUACAUUCGUACGAGCGUCUUUCGCCUAACAGAGAACAUUUAACGAUGGUUAAAUUCAUACAACUACUGGGUAUACUAUCUAGAGAAUCGAAACUGGAUAUUGAUGUGUUCUUAAACAGAUUUGAGAACGUAAAAUACGAUAUAAUAAGCGAAAUACAAGAAAUGAGACGAAAAUAA